CACAGGCUAAUCUGGGACAAAAAUUUACGCUCCAGUAUAAAGCCUAGUGUUCUCAAAUCCUUGCUCAAAAUAUUAAAUUCCACGUUGAUACAAAUAUUUCCUUUUCUCCUUUUCCAGACGCUACAUGUAUUAGUUGAACCAAUCAACGAGUUUCCGCCGUACUUUUUCGCUCGUCCAUAUAACAUAACCAUCAGCGAGUACGAUGGGCGGCGAUAUUUUGCGAUCAACAGCUCGACGGGCGUGAUUGAGAGCCGUAAUACGAUUGACUACGACACAAUGGGUAGAACCAAGUUCUUGAUGCUGAUAAUCGUCGCCGUGGAUGUUGAUGGUCAAAAAAAAUCCACAACGUUGAAUAUCACCAUUAUGGAUGUGGACGACCUCCCACCGCGUUUCUUGCGAAAACCGUGUGAUGACGUCACCACAACAUGUGACUUCACCAUUUACACAGCAGAGAUUGAUCGUCAUUUUCAGGGCUCGCUGGAUGUCCGACCCGUUCACGUGUCUGCACGAGACGGUGACGUAGGUCUUAAUUAUGACGUCACAUAUACCAUAGAACCAGAUGAUGGAGUUGUCGAUAUCAACAACUUCACAGGAGUGUUGACCGUCACGUCAGCGUUUGAGAACGUCAAGAAUAUGACGUCAGGCGAGAUCCUUAUGUUGACGUUCAAUAUUAUGGCAACGGAAUCGUCCGAGCGGAAGAGGAACGCCAGCGUCCCUUUGACUUUACGUGUUUUCCACGAGUUUUCCACGUCGCCGCCGACUUUCCCAUCGACAACAGCCCAAGCGAAGGAGAAUGACGACAACGAUAAUUCGUUGAUUUUGGUUAUUGAAAUUACCGUACCAUGCAUUGUCGCUGUUGUCGUCUGCGUUUGUCUUAUCGCGUUUCUCGUACGACAUAGGUUAGCCAAAGCGGCGCAAACGAAGUACGCGAUAAAAGAGGUCGAGAAAUCUCGGUCGCUUCAUCGACGAUCGAUCAGCAUGUUAUCGUCAACGCCAAUAAAUCCGUACUAUCUGGCGAGAGCUUACGCGAAGUUAUUCAUCGACGUAAUCAUCGGAGAAACGGAGAAACCGCUAAACGACGACUAUUCCAAGAUGCGUUAUUCGUUGAACGACUACGCUGACGUCAACGAUACUUUGACGCCGACGCCGAGUAGCUCAGGAAUGGUUGCGUCGCAGGAAAUCUCGUCGGAAAACGGCGGCGACGUCAUGGAAUCCACGACCGCUUCGUUUGGUCAGCUUUAUUCUGUGGUAGACAAACGAAAGCAGCGUAAGCGAAUAAUCGGAGCUACAUGCGCUAACGCUGCUGACUUCGUUGACUCAACCACGGCCGGUGUCGUUGAUUGUGACGUCACCAAUGACGUCACUGGGUAUGAAGAUGUGGGCGUCGGGCGUUACGUCGUGGAUGGCGUCAACGCUGUUGUAGAGCGUGACGGCACUUGUAAUGUCGUUACGGACGUCGAGAGUGGCGUCGCGGACGACUUCAAUAAUGACGUUGAGAGUGACGUCAACAAUGAAGACGUCGCUGAUGACGUCAACAAUGACGAUGCGAUGUCUGAAGAACAUAACGUUGGUCACAAAAGAAUGGCGUGGCACGAAGAUAGUAAUUACAAUCACGAUUUCGGUGACGACGGCAAUGACUUGUAUUAAAAGCCAAUUCGUAUAAAAUUAUGUAAAUAAAGUAGAACAUUGAAGAUUGAAAUAGUGAAUCAAUGUGUGUAAAAAAUGUCUUAGCAAGUACUAUAUUUAUAGUUUAUUAUUUGACAUAGUUGAAUUAAAUAGAUAGAUACUUUGAUGAGACAUGGG